CCUAUUUGUGCUAUUGAAAAGUAUAAAGAUUGCGUUCGUUGGUUUUGCUAUUCAAGUUAGUACUGGUAGUUGAGAGUAGGUGGUCGACAGGGAGAACUUUUUGUUUUGUUUUAAAGUAUGACCAGGUGAGUUCUCACCGCCAGAUGUGCCUUACUGCCGGUAACCGUUCCAGAUACGCGCGGAGAUAAGUUGGUCUGUGACCUCUCGCGAUGAACGGUCUUCGUUAGUUGGUCGCAUUCUGCUCCGCCGUUCGCACCGUCCGACACAUCCGGAGCCGCGUACAAAAGCCGCGCGCGUCGCGCACCGACAUUUGAUUACCUUCGUUGUGUUCCGGACGAUUGUUCUUUUAUAUAAAACGCACGCACGCAGUGCGAAACAACGCGCGAGUUACCAAGCGAAUCAAACAAACCAACAAGUUAAAAUGCCGUCCACUGAACGGACGACUUUGUCGCGCAUCCAGCAGGAGAUCCAGGACGUCAUGAAGCGCGAGCGUGAAUUGAAAAAACUCAAUAACCUCAACGACAACAACAACAAUUCAGACGAAGACGAUGUUGACGGUAGUGUUGAACAAAAGCCCACAUUGGUGCGCAUUCAGGAGGAGAUCGAAAACGUAAUGGCACGCGAACGCGAACUGAAAAAGUCCCAGAACAAUGGAUUUCCUAAUAACAACAACAACAACAUCAACCAAUUCGAUAACAAUGAGGACUCUGCAGGCGAAGACCUCAACGGGGAUCACACGGAUCGCAGCAGUAACCACAGCUUGACAUCGGACUCCGCAUCAAAGAGCGACGAAAUCGAAUCCAGCCUGAAUCACAAUCAACGCCAGCAUCAAUCAUUGGAAAACGGUCACUCCAACACCGGAAGUAACACACGGCAGGAGGGUAGUAUUAGCGUUCGCGCACCACUGCUGCGCGCAAAGUCAACUCCCACGUUGGCGGAUGCCGUUGCCCUCGCAACCAAACCACAUUUCCGCCGGUUGAUAUCCACUAACCCUAACAAGGGCGUAAUGCACCGCUUCAUAAAGUCACGCGGUAAGCUCCAAAACUUGACCUCUAACAUCAUCGCGCAAAACAAGCAAUCAAACCUACCCAAAACACCGUUUAUUAACGGUCCCACUCCGAAUGGAUUCAGUCAAAAUAUAGAUAGUUACGAAUUAGCCCCACCGAAAGUCAUUCAAGGACAACGCCUGCGUAAAAAUUUCAUCCCGACAGAGAAAAAGAUCCAACAGGACAUCGAGGCUACAUUCAAACGUGAAACCGAACUUAAAAAUAUUCGCCAAUCACAAGGAAAUCUUGCUUUGUUAGACGAUGCGGAUUUAGAUGCACCUUUGGAGAAUUAUGGGCUUAGAGCAUCGAAAUCAAUGGCGCAGUUAUACUCCUCCGAUGACACUUUAGAUGAACCUUCACCAGUUGAUUCAGCACCGUCCAGUUUGAAAACAGCUAAAUCCCUGGCGCAAUUGUGUGAUGCCAAGGACGAAGAGGUCACUUCACCGCAAGCGCUUAUCACGCACUUCCAGCAGAUGAUAAUAAAAAAUCAGGAGUCCAAUCGUGCUUAAAUCCUAUCUGUAAAAUAAAUUUAAAAACAACAAAAAAAUUACAUAUUCGACAAAAACGGCGGUGAGUGAUACGUUAUCAGCAUUUGGUGGAGUUAAUCACGCGCCGAACAGUCGCUGAUAAUGUCAUAUAUCGACGAUCGAUACAAUGAUAAAUUUGGUGAUGUAAUGCGUGAGAAAUUCGUCCACCUUUCAACAACCAUCUAGUUUAAUUUUAUACUUAUAUCAUUCAAGCGUGAUUCCUAUUUGUUUAAUUUAAUUUCGAGGACGAACUAAUAGGCUUAAUAUUUAUAUAUCAAAUGUAUAGUUUAUUUUCUUCGCAUAGCAAUUUUGUAUACAGAAAUAUUCUUCUUAGGUUGUAAUUUAUUUAAAUUGUUACAUAGAGUUAUAAAUAUUGUUGUUGAAAUGUGAAAUUAUAAAAAAAUGUAAAAUAUAAAAAACAAAAACAUAACAAACAUACAA